AUGACGAACAAAGUAUUAACUAAAUCCCACAAGAAGGCAAGAGUACCCACAAAUGUUCUUGCAGCAAAGAGAUCGCGCAUAGUUUCUAUUGCGAAACAAAAAGGUGCACCGACCGCCGAGGCCCGACCCGUUCCCCGGUCUGUCAAGGGAAAGGAACGAGCAUCCACACCGGCACCACUUAAAUCACAUAUCGCAUCUUUACAUGAUGAUGACGAAGAUGCGCGAACUCCCUUGCCUGCCACAUUCAAAGUCACAGUUGGAUCGUACGAGAAGCUGCUCUAUGGUCUGGAGGGAUCCACUUCUGCUGAAGGCCCGAGUUACCAGUUCGACCUUGAGCCCAUCUUCAUAUUUCCUGCACAUAUAUCCUCUAUACGUGCAGUUGCCGCAUCGCCGCAUGGCGGCAAGUGGCUGGCAACAGGAAGCGGAGACGAGAUAAUCAAGGUAUGGGAUCUUCGCAAAAGGAAAGAAGUUGGCGGUUUGAUGCACCAUGAAGGCUCCAUUACUCAUCUUGAAUUCCCAUCGCGAUCCCAUCUGCUCUCUGCCUCCGAAGACGGCUCAUUAUGCCUCUUUCACGCUCGAGACUGGACAGUGCUUCGCGCUCUCAAAGGGCACAAAGGCCGCGUGAACUCCGUAGCUGUACACCCGUCCGGGAAGCUAGCGCUGAGUGUAGGGAAAGACAGAACGCUGCGUAUGUGGGAUCUGAUGCGCGGCAAAGGGUCUGCGAGUACGAAGCUUGGGAAGGAGGCUGAGAUCGUCUGCUGGUCCACUAAUGGCUCCCUCUUUGUCGUUCUGACGCAGUCAACUAUCGACAUCUACUCCACCGACAUGGAACUCCUACACACCAUAAUACAUCCCUCACGGCUACAUGCUGUCAGAUUCUGCAAACGCGUCGUCGGGGAGGGAGAAGUCCUGCUUGUCGCAGCCGAGGACAAAAAGGUAUCGGUAUACGAUAUCCCAUCCGAUAGAACAGUCACCCCUAGCAUAAUUGCCGAGAUGGUUGGGCAUUCCAAUCGCGUCAAGUCUGUCGACACACUUGAUAUUUCUCUGCCGUCCUCCGCAUCCCGAUCAUCAACUACGGUAAUCUGCACCAUCUCUUCAGAUGGCAGAGUCCGCCUGUAUGAUAUGGCAGCAUUGCCAGAAAUUUAUGACGAGAAGGUUCAGUUACAUCCGGUCGCCCAGUACGAUACCAAGGGCUCUCGACUGACAUGUCUCGCCUUGGCGGAUGGUGAGCCUGCCAAGCAGAGCAUUGCGACUGGGAAGCGCAAGCGGAAUGAAAAUGAUGAGGAACAUGAGAGCACGGCAGAGGACGCUGCAUUGCAGUCAGCUGAGGAAGAGGAUCAUGAUGGGCAGGACGAGGAGGAGAAAGAAGAGCAGAGUUACCAACAGCAGGAGGAGGAGGGGAAAGGAGUGGAAAUAUAG